ACUUUUAGGGCCCCAGAAUGAGCCAGGGCUUCAGUGAGCCAGGGCUUCAGAAGGUGGCUCCCAGGCCCUCGGACGACCCCAGAGUCGCUUCCUCUGGGGUUGCCCGGGGAGGCCGCGCCCUGGGUGAUUGAUGCCUCCCUCAACAUCCUUGGCCAGCAGCCAGGGGAGUUGAAUCUCAGAUGGCGGAAGGGCUGGGCCCCGAGCAGAGCAUUCAGAAGAGCUGGGGAAUCAAUCAUCUGAGAACCUUGGAGAGUGGACAGUGCCCCUUUUACAGAUGAGAACACUGAGGCUAGAAGGGGAGAAGCGGCUGCCUUUGGCAGUGUGAUUAUGGCUGCAGGACGCUCAUGGAGUUCGUGGUGGUGACCCCAGGCCUGUGUCUUGAUCUCCUUUGCUGAGCUUGAACAGGAAGACGGUAGUGGGGGCCAGUAGUCUACAAGAUGAGAUGGCAGGUGCCAUGCCUCUGAAAUUCCUCCUGCUGCUGAUCCUACUGGGCCCUAGCAGCAGCUUGCAGCUGUGGGACCCCUGGGCAGAUGGAGCCAAGAAAGCCCUGGGCCCCCUGCUUGCCCGGGGCCGGAGACAGGCCACUGAAGAUUAUGACCUGUAUGAUGAGCUUGUGCCAGAAACAGAGGCUCCAGAAAUACUGAACAACAUCACCAACACCAUUCUUCUGACUGGGGUUGGAACUCCUGAGCCUACCACUGUGGAGCCUGCUACAAGGCAUUCUACUGGCCUGGAUGCAGGAGGGGCAGUCACAGAGCUGGGCAUGGAGCUGUCCAAUAUGGGGACCCUGUCCACGGAGCCAGCAGCCAUGGAAGUACAGACCACUCAACCGGCAGUCACGGAGGUACAGACCACUCACCUGGUGGCCAUGGAGGCACAGACCACUCCACUGGUGGCCACAGAGGCACAGACCACUCAACCAGCAGCCACUGAAGCACAGACCACUCAACUGGCAGCCACGGAGGCACAGACCACUCAACCGGCAGCCACGGAGGCACAGACCACUCAACCUGCAGCCACAGAGGCACAGACCACUCAACCUGCAGCCACAGAAGCACAUACCACUCAACUGGCAGCCAUGGAGGCACAGACCACUCAACUGGCAGCCAUGGAGGCACAGACCACUCAACCUGCAGCCACAGAGGCACAGACCACUCAACCAGCAGCCAUGGAGGCACAGACCACUCAACCUGGAGCCACGGAGGUACAGACCACUCCAUCAGUGGGCACGGAGGCACAGACCACUCAACCAGCAGUCAUGGAGGCACAGACCACUCCAUCAGUGACCACAGAGGCAAAGACCACUCCAUUGGUGGCCACAGAGGCACAAACCACUCCACCAGCAGCCAUGCAGGCCCUGUCCACAGAACCCAAUGCCAAAGAGGCCCACUCCACAGAAUCUAAUGCUACAGAGGCCCUGUCCACAGAACCUACUACCAAAAAGGGUCUGGUCAUGCCCUUUCCUGUGUCCUCUGUUACUCACAAGGGCAUCCCCAUGGCAGCCAGCAAUUUGUCCACCAGCCACCCAGUGGGGGCUCCAGACCACAUCUCUGUGAAGCAGUGCCUCUUGGCCAUCCUCAUCUUGGCGAUGGUGGCCACUGUCUUCCUCGUGUGCACUGUGGUGCUGGCAGUCCGCCUUUCCCGCAAGAGCCACAUGUACCCUGUGCGUAAUUACUCCCCCACCGAGAUGGUCUGCAUCUCCUCCUUGCUGCCUGAUGGGGGUGAGGGCUCCCCCGCUACAGCCAAUGGGGGCCUGCCCAAGGCCAAGAGCCAGGGCCUGACGCCAGAACCUGGGGAGGACCAUGAGGGGGACAACCUCACCCUGCAUAGCUUCCUCCCUUAGCUCCCUCUGCCAUCUGUUUCGGCAAGACCCCAGCCUGCAUGGUCUCUCGUCAGCCACCCUGGGUGCCCGGACCUCAUUCCACUGUGCUGGGCUUCCUUGGAGACCCCUGGGGAUGGGGAGCUUCAGGGAAGGAACCCUGGCCACCCAAACAGGACAAGAGCAGCCAAGGUCUUGGGGCCAAGCAGACUGGCAGGUGGCUACCUCUUUCCUCCCUCCUUGAAUGAAGCCCGGUCACUUCCCAGCCAUCUACAGGCCACAUUUCAGCCAAGGGCUGGGGCAGGAGGCCAUUUAUUCAAGAGAAUAAAAGGCCUUUCCUUUUUCCUAUCCCCAUCUUCUCUGGAUCCCUCUAAUGUCUCCUGUGGCUCUCUCCGCUUCUCCAGGUCACUGGAGUCUCAUCCCAUGUACCCAAGGAAGAUCAAGUUCUCUCACCCCACCCACAGCGCCAUUUUCUUCUGGUUGCCAUGGUCACCAAACAGGAAGGGGACAUUCUAGGGGAGGAGUACUGAGGAGUGACGGACUCCUGAGGCUGUUUCCUACUGAUCCUCCGACCUGGGCAGCUGGGGUCUUCUUGGGCACUUCUCUGGGAAAACCCAGGGUGAGGCUCAGCCUGUGAGGGCUGGGAUGGCUUUGGCAAGCCCGAGGGCAGACCGUUCUUUGGGACUGGGUGGACCAAGGAGCUUCCAUCUAGGGACAGGUGACCCCUAGCCGUCCUCUCCCACCUCCCCCCGGGGCCACUUUCUAGGGUGGGCUCUGUCUUGUUCACUGCAGUAUCCCAACUGCAGGCACAGCGCAGGCACUCAAUAAAUGUGUGAUGGACAAACGAUGGCUGAAUCCUUCAAGGUAUCAAGGCUGUCUCCUUCAGGCAGCCUUCCCAGAAUUCUCCAUCCCUCAGUGCAGGGUGGGGGUUGGUCCUCUGCUGUCUGCCCUCAGCCUCCUGUCCCCCAUGGCCUCUGUCAUGGGAUGUUAGGCUGAUUUCAGUUUUGCCUCUUGGACACUGGAGACAUCUUGUACAUUCUUGGGUGGCCGGGAAAAGUUCAGGCUGUGGGGUGGGGGGCAAAGGACCACUGGUGGUCCCUACCAGUGAACACUUUGGCUCCUCCCAUGACCCAGUUUUGGCUACAGAAUUUGGUUUUCCCCAAAUCUCAGACCAAUAUCUCUCUAAACAUCAAUCUAUCCUCCUGUUAAAGAAAAAAGUAACUCAAUGACCCUUGUUACACAUGGUAAGGAAGGCUUUGUUCCAGGUGAGGGGAACCCUCUCCAUCACUGCAGGGACUGCAGGUAUGGGAUUUUGCAGUGGGGGCGAGUUUGGGCUCAGCUCUGAGUACAGUAGAGGGAAGUGGGACUGGUCGCCAGGAAGCAGGGGUGGAGGUCUGCCGUUGGAAAAUUACCAAGAGGAAACAUCGGAGGAAGGGGAAUUCUGGCUAAACUGACCUAACAAGAUUCUUGCUGGAGACGGGCUAGGAUGCUCAGACAUCACCUGGGGAUGGUGGCAGAUGAGGAACUUGAUCAGAUACGGUGUGGAAGGGGAGGGUUGUUGCUAAACUGACUUAGCAGAGUUCUUGUUAGAACUGGCUUUUAUUUUAUUUAUUUUUUGAGUUGGAAUUUCGCUCUUGUCGACCAGGCUGGAGUACAAUGAUUCGAUCUCAACUCACUGCAACCUCCGCCUCCAGUGCUCAAGCAAUUCUCCUGCCUCCGCCUCCUGAGUAGCUUGGAUUACUGGCACACGCCACCACACCUGGCUAAUUUUGUAUUUUUAGUAGAGAUGGGGUUUCUCCAUGUUGGUCAGGGCGGUCUCGAACUCCCAACCUUAGGUGACCCACCCACCUCGGCCUCCCAAAGUGCUGGGAUUAUGGGCAUGAGCCUAGAAUUGGAUUUUACAAGGAAGUGCACAGAUGGGCUUAGGAGAGGACUCAGGCCUGACUGAUUAAAGCUUGGCCAAGCACAGAAUCUUUAUCACUCUCCAGAAGCUCACCCUGACCUCUCCUGUUCACUCAGGCCCUGUCCCCAUUAAUAGCCAGUAGCUUAUCGGUGAGCCUCAGUGCAGCCUGCAACCUUUUGUACAACUCAGAGAAGCACGAUUUGCUGUGAAAUGGUGGAAAAGGUCAAACUGACAAACUUUUUCUUAAAGGACCAGGCAGGGAAUUUUGUAGGCUUUAGCUGUUGCGACACCGUAGCCUCUGUUGCAACAACUCAGCUCUGUCCUUGUAGUACAAAAGCAGCCAGUGACAGUAUGUCCAUAAAUGAAUGGGCAUGGCUGUGUUCUAAUAAAGCUUUAUUUACAAA